AUGUUUGGCAAGACUCUCGUCGUCCUUGCCCUCGGCGCCCUCGCCGCUGCUUCUCCCGCUGCCGUCGACACUCGCGGCGAGAAUGAGGGCCAGGUCGAGGUUUACACCGGCACGACCUGCCAGGGCGGAGUGGUACAGACCUUCAACUGGCAGGGUAGCGGCACCACAUCUCAGUGCUGGCCUGUCACCGACAUUGGCUCUUACAUCUCCAUCAACAACGGCUGUACCGCCAAGCUGUGGGCCAACAGCGACUGCACUGGCAAGUCGUACAAGGUCAGCAACAACGACUGCAAUAGUCUGGAGUUCUCUGCCGUCUCGAUCAAGUGCUAG